AUGUCGACAACUCAACCCCCAGGUGUCACUUCACCACCUCAAACUGAACAGGAGCAGCGCAAUAUCGACCUCUGCAAGGAGUACAUGCGCAUUGCUUACUCUCCAAAAGAGAACAAGGGCGCAAAGUCAGUCCAACAUCUCUGCCACCCAGACAGCUGGUUCUGGGCACCUGCCACAUUCCCGGGCUGCGAAACGCCCAUGGACUACGCAGACUCUCACUCAACCGUCAUGGCCAGUGUCUCAGAUCUCGAAAUCAUGCGCUUCGACCAGUCAUGGGCCAAGGACGGACAUGUUCUGCUGAGAUACACAGCCCAGGGCAGUCAUUGCGGAGAGCCGUACAAGGGCAUCGAGAAGACGGGCAGACAUGCACAGUGGUGUGCUGCCGCGAUAUUCGAAGUUGAGGAUGGCAAGAUUAGAAGUUUUACAAAAGAUUGGGAUCAAAAGACUAUGCAGAUUCAGCUUGGAUGGGCGCCUGUGCAGGAGAGUGAUGAUCCAAGAUGGAACAUCAAGGCAUUGAGCAACCCCGAAGAAGCCAGGAAGCAAAAGGACUAG